GCUCCCGCGGAGCUCCGGCCAAGGCGGGCGGGCGGCCCGCGGCGUCCCGGCCGUGUUUACAGCUGUUUCCCCCGGUGCCAUAACAACCGGCCGAGCCCGGCCCCGGGGCUGCCCCAGCCCCGCGCCCCCGGGCCGGCUCCGCGCCAGCGAUCCCGCGUAACGAGGGGGUGCGGGCGGUGGUCCCGAGCCGCACACGGGGCGUUUUCCCUCCGCCGCUGCCAGCGGGCUCCCGGCCCGGCUGCUGUCCGCCGAGAGCUGCGGGGGGGUGCGGGGCCGAGCGGGGUGAGCAGCGCGGAGCUGGGCUGAGCUGAGCAGUGCGGGGAGAUGCGGGACACAACAGGACUGUGCGGUGCGGGACCGAGAAGCGUGAGCAGUGUGGAACCGAGAUGAGCCGUGCGGGGCAACGCAGAGAGAUGCGGGGCACAGCGGGGCUGUGCGGUGCGGGGCACAGCAGGGUGGAGCAGGGUUCAGCUGAGCCGAGCUGUGCGGGGCAACGCAGAGAGAUGCGGGGCACGGCAGGGCUGUGCGGUGCGGGGCCGAACAGGGUGAGCAGCGUGGAGCUGAGCGGUGCGGGGCAAUGCAGAGACAUGCGGGAUACAGGGGGGCUGUGAGCACGGUGCGGGGCACGGCAGGGCUGUGUGGUGCGGAGUGGAGCAGCGUGGAGCUGAGCUGAGCCGUGCGGGGACAGGCGGGGCACGGUAGGGCUGUGACACGGUGCGGGGUCGUGGCAGGGCUGUGACACGAUGAGGGACACGGCAAGGCUGUGAACACGAUGCGGGACAUGGCAGUGCGGUGUGGUGCGGGGCCGAGCAGCGUGGAGCUGAGCUGAGCUGAGCCGAGCCGUGCGGGGACAGGCGGGACACGGCAGGGCUGUGACACGGUGCGGGGCACGGCAGUGCGGUGCGGUGCGGAGCACGGCAGGGCUGUGACACGAUGCGGAGCACGGCAGGGCUGUGACACCGUGCGGAUCAUAGCAGGGCUGUGAGCACGGUGCGGGGCCGAGCAGCGUGGAGCCGAGCCGAGCCGAGCCGAGCCGAGCCGUGCGGAGCGGGACGCGUUCCGCCCCAGAGGCCCCGCACACACCACACCGCUCCGGCCCCGCCGGGCUCCGCUCACGGCCGGGACCCCCGGCGGUGCCGCCCCGCGGCGGGGGCGGGCGCGGCGCUGCCCGUCCGGUUCCGGGUCGGCGGAAGAUGGCGGCGCCCAUGGAGCUGUUCUGCUGGGCCGGGGGCUGGGGGCUGCCCUCGGUGGAUCCCGACUGCCUGGCCGUGCUGACCUACGCGCGGUUCACGGGGGCGCCGCUGAAGGUGCACCGGGUCACCAGCCCCUGGAGGAGCCCCUCCGGGCACCUGCCCGCGCUGAGGACACGGGACGAGGGCACCAUCUCCAAACCUCAGCAGAUCAUCACCCACCUCAGGAAACAGAAAUACAACGCUGACUACGACCUGUCGGCCACGCAGAGUGCGGACACGCUGGCCUUCGUGUCCCUGCUGGAGGAGAAGCUGCUGCCAGUGCUGAUCCACACGUUCUGGGUGGAUGCCAAGAACUACGUGGAGCACACGCGGAAAUGGUACGCGGAGACCAUCCCCUUCCCCCUCAACUUCUUCCUGCCCAACGCCAUGCACAAGCGGCACCUGGAGCGGCUGCAGCUCAUCUGGGGGGACGACUACAUGGAGGAUGAGGAGAAGGUGGAGAAGGAGCUCUACCGGGAAGCCCGGGAAUGCCUGACACUCCUCUCCCAGCGCCUCGGCUCCCAGAAGUUUUUCUUUGGAGACUCGCCAGCCUCCCUGGACGCCUUAGUCUUCAGCCGCCUGGCGCCGCUCCUGAAGGCCAAGCUGCCCAACGGGAAACUGCAGCAGCACCUGAAGUCCCUGCAGAACCUGUGCAACUACUGCACCUCUAUCCUCAGCCUCUACUUCCCCUGGGACGGAGAUGACCCCCUGAGCGCUGCCCCUCGGGCUGCAGGCACGGACAGCAGCGAGGCAGAGGAGGACCCCCACAAACGGCGCAAGCAGCUGCUCUCGGUGCUGGUGGGGCUGGUGGCCAUGCUGGGCUACGCCUUCCUCAGCGGCAUCGUCUCCAUCCAGCGCGGCGGCGUGGGGCCGGCCGGCCGGCAGCCCAUCGCCCUGGAGGAGGAGGAGGAGGAGGAGGAGGAGUGAGGAAGAGCUGUGUGGCUGUUUCCCUCACAGCCCCUGGAACUGACUGUUUUUACUCUGGAAGCCUGGCAGCGUUGCUGCUCUGCUCGGUGUCCCACCGGGAGCCACAGUCCCUGCCACACCAAUAAACCUCCCUCUCUCCA